AUGUCAACACUCGGUGAGCGCUACAAACUCGUGGUCCUGGGGAACGCGCGCGUGGGCAAGACAUCCUUGAUUGUCCGCUUAACGACUAAUGUGUUCAAAGACGCAUGCACCCCCACCUAUGGAGUGGAUUGGUUCUAUAAGGAUAUUGAGGUUCCUGACGGAAAUGCCAAGGUUUCUCUCCAUAUCUGGGACACGGGUGGGACGGAACACUACUCUGGAAUGCAGCCACUCUAUCUAAGGGGAGCUGUAGUCGUUUUAUUAUGCUAUGAUAUGACUAAUCGGUUAUCAUUCGAGAAUCUAUUAUACUGGAAGGACCUUGCAGCUAAUGUCAAGUCCGCAGAAUUCUAUUAUCUAGUGGCAACAAAAAGCGAUCAGGCAGAGCACCGGGCUGUAAAGCAACAAGAUGCAGAGCGUCUUUCAGUCCUUCUGGGAUGCAGAGCAUACUUUGAAGUCAGUGCGGCAGAUGGCACUAACAUAGACAAUCUACUGGGUAAGCUUGCACAGGACCUAAAGGGACGGAUGGAGCUUAGCAAGACUUCGCCUCAAGUGGGUCCGCCAACAGUUGAUGUUCAAGCCCUGACAAACGAAUCACGUACCAAGGGGUGUUACUGCUAA